UUUCGUUAUCUUCUAUCUCUGCUUCAACAUAUCAACACUAACCUGAUCUCACAGCCCGGCCAGACGCGCCUAUACGGGCUACCAAAUGAUGCCGUUUAGGCAUUCAAUGGCAUCGUUGUCGUACCACUUAUCGUGAAAGGGAUUUAUCCGCUCCUGUACAAGCUUCGCAUACCUUUUAGGUUGAUUAUAUAAAUAUUUACAGCUUUUUUGCUCAUCAGCUUAGGUAUGGCGUACGCGGUAGAAGUCCAAAAAUUCAUCUACUCCUCCAGCCUAUGCUACGAGGCGCUACUUGCGUGCCUGGACUUAGCCGGAGGCACCAUCUCGAACAAUGUGAACGCGCUCGUUCACUUCAUACUUGGAUUUGGUAAGAUCUCGGGCUUUGCGUUCGUAACAGAGAACUAGUACUCGGGAGCCCUAAUUAACAUAAAAGUUCUUGUUCAGUCAAUGAUGCAAGUGACGUCCGCUGUGGGAGUCUUAGGUAUAAUUAUAUCGCCGCUUGCCAUCGAUUCCAGUCUUGUUCUGAUGUACUCUAUACUAGUAGGAGCAUUAGUCAUAUCUUCAGUCUUAUUCUUGCUGGCUUUUCGCGGCUACGAAACCAAGGGAAAGAUCAGGUUAGAAGAUUAGACAGGGUGGGAAGAGUGUCAACAUUCUACAGUUCGACUAGAAGCAGGUUCAUCGCAGUAGAAAUUAUC